UUGUGCAGAACUCUCGUGCAUCUUAAACUGUUUACUCAUUGACAAAGUUUGUUUUCGCGCCACUGCGGACGUUCAGUGGGAGCGCAAGACUCUCUCGGGACAUUUGAGGAGUCCUGAAGGAGCUCACGAGCCCGGAGUUAAAGAGAGGAGGAGGAGGAGGAGGAGGAGUUCACAUCUGUUGCUGCUCUCAGCUGUCGGUCCGUGAGGUGACCGGACUCCGUGUCUCCGGGCUGCCGGGACAAGCCUCCGUUUUCUGGGAGUAUUAAAGGAGUGCAGCAGGAGCAGGACUCUCCUCCUCCUCCUCCUCCUGCUGCUGCUGGAGCCUGUCAGUACUCUGAGGAGACUGGUCUUCCGAUCAUUGGUCAUGACGGUGGGGGGAAGCUGGCGGCGGCUCUGCGCCCUGCUCUCCGCUCUCCUCCUCCAGUUGUGCGCAGCUCAGUACGAGAAGGGGAUCUGGGUCCCGGAGCACGGCUUCUGUCAGCCCAUCUCCAUCCCGCUCUGCACCGACAUCGCCUACAACCAGACCAUCAUGCCCAACCUGCUGGGACACACCAACCAGGAGGACGCUGGGCUGGAGGUGCACCAGUUUUACCCACUGGUCAAAGUCCAGUGCUCCACCGACCUGAAGUUCUUCCUGUGCUCCAUGUACGCGCCGGUGUGCACCGUCCUGGAGCAGGCCAUCCCCCCCUGCCGGUCUCUGUGUGAACGGGCACGCCAGGGCUGUGAGGCGCUCAUGAACAAAUUUGGGUUCCAGUGGCCGGAGAGGCUGCGCUGCGAGAACUUCCCAGUCCACGGCGCAGGAGAGAUCUGCGUUGGCCAGAACACGACCGACUCAGAGAGAACCACUUCCGACCCGACACCCAACGUCCCGGAGUUGGUGACCCUGCCGCCGCACGUCUGGACCGACCAGCCCUUCUCCUGCCCGCUGCAGCUCAAGGUGCCGCCCUACCUCAACUACCACUUCCUGGGGGCGAAAGACUGUGGUGCCCCCUGCGAAACCUCCAAACCAAACGGACUGAUGUACUUCCGAGAGGAGGAGCUGAGGUUCGGUCGGCUCUGGGUCGGGAUCUGGUCCAUCCUGUGCUGCAUGAGCACCCUCUUCACUGUUCUCACCUAUCUGGUGGACAUGACACGGUUUCGAUACCCGGAGCGGCCGAUCAUCUUCCUGUCCGGCUGCUACUUCAUGGUGGCGCUGGCGUACGCUGCUGGAUUCCUGUUGGAGGACAGGGUGGUGUGUAUCGACCACCAGCUGAGCCGCGACAGUUACAAGAUGGUGGCCCAGGGCACCAAGAAGGAGGGCUGCACUAUCCUCUUCAUGAUCCUCUACUUCUUCGGCAUGGCGAGCUCCAUCUGGUGGGUGAUCCUGUCGCUCACCUGGUUCCUGUCUGCCGGGAUGAAGUGGGGCCACGAGGCCAUCGAGGCCAAUUCACAAUACUUCCACCUGGCAGCAUGGGCGGUACCAGCAGUGAAAACCAUCACCAUCCUGGCCAUGGGGCAGGUGGAUGGCGACCUGCUCACUGGUGUCUGCUACGUGGGGAUCUACAACGUGAACGCCCUGCGCGGCUUCGUCCUGGCGCCACUGUUUGUCUACCUGUUCAUUGGCACUUCCUUCUUGCUGGCAGGCUUUGUGUCGCUCUUCCGCAUCCGCACCAUCAUGAAGCACGAUGGCACCAAGACGGAGAAGCUGGAGAAGCUGAUGGUGCGGAUCGGCGUCUUUAGCGUGCUCUACACGGUGCCCGCCACCAUCGUCAUCGCCUGCUACUUCUAUGAGCAGGCCUUCCGGCCGCAGUGGGAGAGGACAUGGCGCCUGCAGACAUGCAAGCGUUUCGCAAUGCCAUGCCCGGCCAGGAACUUUGCGCCUUUGACGCCGGACUUUACCGUGUUCAUGAUCAAAUACCUGAUGACCAUGAUUGUGGGGAUCACGUCCAGCUUCUGGAUCUGGUCUGGGAAGACGCUGCAGUCGUGGCGCAGGUUUUAUAAAAGACUGAGCGGCAACAACCAGGGCGAGACGACGGUGUAGAGGUGGGCGGUACCCAGACAUACGGACACCAUUUUGUUACUGAGCCUGAGGACAGAUGGAUAUCUGAGACGUGGACGCUCCGAGUCGUCUCACAUCAGACUCAGUAAGGACACGUACACUCGGGAACCACGUCCUGGUUUUUAUGUUUUCGAACUGAAGUUACAAUUAAUUUUACAUGUGUAGCUUUUCUAAAUUCUAGUUUCACUUUACAGGUCUGUGACUUCCUGUUUAAAAACAUCACAUUUAUUUAUCGAUUAUUUGUUUAGAAUGUUGAUGUUGUUUCUCAGAGCCAAAGAUGACGUCUUGUUUUGUCUGACUGACUCAAAGUUUACAAGUUUACAUCAUAGAAAAUCAUGAAAACCAUUUUAUUGUUACGUUCUACGGAGGCUGUUAAGUGUCAAAAUGUUGUGCUUUUUUAUCCCCCUUUAGGACUUUAACAACUUGUUUCCACCUAAUAAUAAUUUUUGUGCUAAAGUUAAUAACUUGUUUCCAGUUGACAAUUUUAGCGCGCUAUUUCAUAGCUUGUUUCCUCCUGAUAAUAUUCUUUGCACAAUCAUUUUAACAUCUUAUAAUCAUUUUUAGGCUCCAGUUACUAUUUUGUUUCCACUUGAUAAUUUUUGCGUGCAAAUUGCGCACUUGUUUCCAUAUCAUAAUCAUUUCUGUGCACAAGUCAUUAUUAUUACAAAUAAUUUUGCACCAAGGUUAAUAACUUGUUUCCGCCUGAUAAUUUUUGCGCAGAGGGUAAAAUUUCUUUCCACCUCAUAAUAAUUGUUGCGCACAAGGUAUGAACAAGUUUCCAGUUCAUAAUUUUAGUGCGCUACUUCAUAGCUUGUUUUAUAGGUUUUGCACAGAGGUUAAUAUUUUUUUUCCAGCUUAAAAUCAUUUUUGCGCUCAAGUUGAUAUUUUGUUUCCACCUGAUAAUUUUAGAGUGAAAGAUGCACACUUGUUUCCACAUCAUAAUAAUUUUUGCACACAAGUUAAUAACUUGUUUCUACCUGAUAAUUUUAGAGCGCAAUUUCAUAGAUGGUUUCCCCCUUACAAUUUUUGCACAGUGGUUAAUAAUUUGUUUUUAGUUUAGAAUCAUUUUUGCGCUCAAGUUAAUAUUUUGUUUCCAUCUGAUAAUUUUAGCGUGGAGUUGUGCACUUGUUUUCCACAUUAUAAUCAUUUUUGCACCGAGGUUAAUAACUUCUUUCCACUAGUAAAUUACCAGUUUCCACAUCGUAAUAAUUUUGGCGUGCAUUUUAAUAACUUGUUUCCAACUCAUAAUAGUUUUUGUGCACAAGUUAAUAACUUGUUUCUACCUGAGUACAUUUUUUCCACCUCAUAAUUUUUUUGCGCCCUAGUUAAUGAAUUGUUGUCAUCUUAUAUUUUUUGCGCAAAAGUUUCCACUGCAUAAUAAUUUUUGCGCAUGAGUUAAUAACUUGUUUCCACCUCAUAAAAGUCAUUAACUUGUUUCCAAAUGAUAAUUUUGCGCCGAGAUUAAUAACUUUUUUCCACCUGAUAAUAUUUUUUGCGCAGAAGUAAAUAACUUGUUUACUCAUAAUAAUUUUGUUUGUUCAUAACUUAUUGCCGGCUUAUAACGAUUUUUGCACACAAGUCAGUAAUUUGUUUACCCAUCAAAAUAACUUUUGCACAGAAUUUUUUAACUUGUAUCCACUUGAUAAUUUUUGCGCGCACGAGACAAGUUGUUCCCACCUCACAGUAACUUGUGUGCAUGAGAUGAUACAAAAUUUGACUUUUCUGGACUUUAUGCGCCCAGUAAAUUUAACAAGUUGGAACCAGUAAAUAUUUUGCACUUUUUCGCAGUAAAUGAUUUUUAAUUGUUGUGUAACAUAUAAAGUUUUGGAAUCAGCUCAAUGUUCGGUUAUGUGAACACAUGUUUAAGUGCAAAAAUAAAAAUUUGUACAGAGCACGAACUUGAAUAAAUGGACCAGAGGUGCUGUAAAAACAACAGGAAGUUAGUCUCUGUCAUCUGACGCAUUAAAAAACACUCUGAGACUCAUUGCUUCAGUUUGCACCAAAAAGUGCACUUCUUCUUCUUCUUCUGUCGGUAACUCAGUGAAACAUGAACUCACAGACGUGAAACAGAUAUUUUUAGAUUCAGUGUGACUUCCAUUUAGGGAGGAUUUCAUUAUUUCUGCUGUUCAUGCAGAAGAAAUGUCCGUAAAUCUAGUAAGAAUUUGUCGGGAGAAAAGCGCAUCAGAACGUCUUUGAGACUCUUUGUGUUUGUUUGUUUUUUUUCUGUGUGUAUAACAAUUACCUUCUUCUUUCCAGGAUUUGUAAGGUGAUUACCAGAGUCACAGACCUGUAAGCUGAGCGUUAAACAAACUGUGAGUCUUUUAUCUUUCCUGUUUUUAUUUACAGGAACGUUGUCCUGAUUUUACAGUUUUGCGCUUCUUCUGCAAAGCUGCCUCAUUUUAUUGCUAUUCUGUAAAUGUCCUCAUGUAUUUAUAAGACUUUGUAAAAUCUUCUUUUAAGGAGUGUUUUCUGUUAUUUUUUACGCUUCCUGACUCGUACAGUUUUUCAGAAUAAAGUGUAUUUUAAAGCCUG